AUGAACUCCUUCGACGCCCAACCGGUUGCAAGGGCUUCCAGCGACUCCUACUUUGAUUUGGGAACUUUGAGUCGUAAAGUCAGCACCAACUCUCAGGAAGCCCAGAUAUGGUUUGACAGGGCACUUGUCUGGACAUAUUGCUUUAAUCAUGAUGAGGCAAUCACCUGCUACAAGCAGGCCAUCGCACACGACGAGAACUGCGCCAUAGCCUAUUGGGGAAUAUCCUUCUGUUCGGGCUCCAAUUACAACAAGACAUGGGCACUAUUUGAUGAAAGAGAUCGGCUCACUGCGAUAAAACAGUGUUAUCAUUUUUCCCAAGAAGCUCUGAGGCGGGUAAACAAUGCAUCCGAUUGGGAGCAAGCGCUCAUCAAGGCUCUUGUAGCACGCUACCCCAACGAUGAUCCAAGUAGGGAUCUUGCCAGAUGUAGCCGCGCAUAUGCCGAUGCUAUGAGAGAGGUCUAUAUAAGAAUCGGUCUCGAAGACUUUGACAUUAUCACACUCUUUGCCGAUGCAUUGAUGAAUUGUGCUCCGCGAAAGUUAUUUGAUGCCUCGACGGGGCUUCCGAUAGCAUCAUCCCCGGUGUUCGAAGUGAAAGAUCUGCUUGAUCGGGCCUUGAAAAUGCCGAAAGUCGAAUUUAAUCCAGGUCCUGCACACAUGUAUAUUCACUUGAUGGAAAUGUCAGCGACUCCCGAGGCUGCGUUGCCGGCAGCAGAGAUGAUCCGCGAAAUCUUUCCCGAUACAGGCCACACCUUCCACAUGCCUGCCCAUAUUGAUGUUCUAGUGGGAGAUUAUCGUCGUGCUGUAGAAUACAAUCUGAAAGCAACACUCGCAGAUGACAGAUACUUUGAGCAGAAUGGCGGCUUGACCUUCUACAGCUACUAUCGUCUACACGACUACCACUCUCUCAUCUAUGCUGCGAUGCUUGGUGGGAAAUCCAAGGCAGCGCUGUCAGCGACGGAUCGAAUGGAGGCGACUAUCACGGAAGAGAUUCUUCGAGUCGAAACACCUGCACUGGCAAACUGGAUGGAAUUUUUUAAGGCCGUCAGAGUGCACGUUCUCAUUCGCUUUGGGAUGUGGGAAGAACUCAAGAAACUCGAGCCUCUCGAAGAUAAGGAUCUCUAUUGUGUCACGAAUGUGAUGAGGCACUACGGAAAGGCAAUCGCAUACGCCGCCACGUCUCAGCUUGAUGAAGCCGACAAAGAGCGAGAAUUGUUCAAAGCUGCUUCUAAGCUUGUUCCUCCCACACGCCUCGACUUCCCCAACAAAAUCACCGAUAUUCUUAAAGUAGCAUCUGCCAUGCUGGAUGGUGAAAUUGAGUAUAGAAGAGGCGAGUAUGAGGAAGCAUUGCGCAGUUUACGGGAAGCAAUCACUCGGGAAGACGAGUUACCUUUUGCAGAGCCAUGGGGGUGGAUGCUUCCAGCUCGGCAUCCAUAUGCAGCCCUCUCAUUGGAACAAGGCAGAGUUGAGCAGGCUGCACAGGCGGUUAUCACGAGUGCCUUCAACUUUUGGGUCGCCAUGCAGAGGCAAAAAUAA